AAGCGACGGACGCUUGGACCACACCUUGAUUGCCUUCCCGCUGAGCAUGUCGGAAUUUAAGAAAGAAGAUUAUUUCACACAAUCCAGAGCAUUCUUGCUUAGCCUCCAGCCAAAGCUCUUCAGCCAUGGCUCCAGUCAAGAUACCGGCCAUGGCCACUGCAAGUACAAAAGCGGAGAAGGAGGCGGACUUGGUGAUGGGGACGAACAAUAGUAGUAUCGUAUCCAAACGCAGCGUUGAACUCCUCUACUACCCCCAACCCCAUUUCUUUCGAUACUUCGUCAAGAAGCCGCAACGGCGUGCCCCACUAAUAAAUCGAGGAUACUGGCUUCGCAUGUAUGCUAUGACAGAGACAGUCCGCCGUUUCCUGGAGGAACCAUCAGAUAAUCCAAAAUCCGUGCUCAACCUUGGCUGUGGAUUUGAUCCUCUUCCCUUCCAAUUGCUCAGCACAGAAGAGUCCCUGUGUAAAAAUGCAACCUUUGUGGACAUUGAUUACGAAAAACUUAUGAUCAAUAAGAGAAACGCCAUCGAGAAAACCACAGAAAUUUCGAGUCUAUUGAAGGAUGUAGAGUUCCUUUCAGAUGAAAAUGCGGUGCUGAUCCGGAGCAAGCAUUAUGUUGGCGUCGGCUGUGAUCUCAAGAACCUGAAGAAACUGGGAGAAACUCUGAAGACGAUUAUUGGAGAGGGCCAGUGUUCGAUUCUUUGCACUGCAGAAGUCUCACUCACAUAUAUGGAUGUCGAGUCAGCAGACGCUGUCAUCAAGUGGACAUCUAGUCUCAGCCAAGAUGUUCGAUUUGCUUUGCUGGAGCAAUUCUUCCCAGACGGCCCGGAUCAUCCCUUCGCUGCUACUAUGAUGAAACAUUUCAACAAGUUGCGGGCACCGCUUCAUUCGAUCCAUCACUACCCCUCGCUCCACGACCAAGAAAGGCGAUUCCUUGAUGCUGGCUGGGGACGCGCACAUGCAAGGAACCUGUGGGAUCUGUGGAGUGAUAACUCCUUCCUCAGUAGUUUCCGCAGAAUGUCUCUCGACACGUACGAAGUAUUCGACGAAUGGGAGGAAUUUGCACUAUUUGCGUCCCAUUAUUUUCUCCUCACUGCCUCGACGGGCAAGGAACCUCCUCGAAACGGAGAACAAAGGCAGGCUGGACCCCAAGACUCUGAACUCGCGCUUUCAAGCGCUUUCCGGCUGAUUCCGUAUUGCCCUCCUCGAUUUAAAGGGCAACGACGCUAUGGUGCGCUCAUCCCGGACAAUGAUCGUCGCCUGGGUCAUCAUGGUGGACAGGGAGCCCAAUCCCGGCUUUCGACUUCGGACAUCUACACUCAUUCUCCUGGCAUCAAAGAGUCUGGAAGAUCAAUGCCGCCGAAGGAUAUUCCCGCGAGAAUAUGCCAUAGCGUGACGAGUCUGAAUGAGGAGGAUUGUCUGCUUGUGGGUGGGCGAGCGGCACCAACAACAGUUUUCGGUGACUGUUGGCUAAGGAAGAACGGCACAUGGAAGAAGACCCAUGACCUUCCAACUCCUCUGUACAGACACAGCUCAACCAGAUUGACUCUUGAAGCUCUUGGUGACUGUGUUCUCGUUUACGGAGGCAAGUCAGCCAAAAGUGACGUUCUGGGUGAAUGGACCUUGUGGAACUCUGAGAUUGGAUGGCAAACAGUUGAGCAAGUAGGCCACAGACCUGCCCCUCGAUUUGGAGCAUGCAUGGCAUGCGUGGACUCUUCUUCUGGAGUUCUCUUUGGUGGCAUCACACAAGAUGGUAUAGUUCUAGACGACUUCUGGACAUGGAAAGUGUCACAGCGCGACGAUGGAUCCUUUUUCGUCGAACUGAGCGACCACACUGAAGAUCUUCGGGCUGCAUCGCCUCUAUCCAAAUUCAUUGGACGAUUUGGCGCUACGGUGAACGUGAUUCCACGGGGACUGCUCAUCAUCGGUGGCAUUUGCGCAAGAGAAAUCAUUCCUUCUCAGUACGAAAUUCUGCUACUCAACGUGUCUGAUAUCUUCAGAGCCAUCAACUACGAAAAAUCGUGGGACAACAAGCUACUAUCCUCCAUUGGCCUGGGGGUCGAAUUCAAUGGCCCACGACCAUUGCUCGCUGGUCAUGUCUCCUGCACUCUUACUGAGAGUCAAACCUUGAUUCUAGGAGGUGGAGCAGUAUGCUUUUCUUUCGGCACUUGCUGGAACGAGGGCACGUGGCUCCUCCAGAGUGCUGACUCUGACAGCCAAAAUACAUGGUCCGUCAUGCCUGAGGCAGAGGACAAAUCACCGGAUGAGACACAAGAGACUCCUAAGCGCCUUCGACGUGCAAAAGCUAUGAAUGGUGACCGGUCGAUCCCGAGGAUAUCUGUGGAAACUUCUUCUGAAUUUGAAAGGAUCCUGGAGGCUUCCAGACCGGUCGUGAUUCAAGGGACCGACGUUGGCCCAUGCACGGAGCUCUGGACGAAGGACUAUUUGACGAACACUGUCGGCAGUGAUCGCAAGGUCGUAGUACAUGAGGCUCAGACUGAGAAUAUGAACUUCCAAACGAAGAAUUUCUCGUAUGUCACCAAAGGAUUUGGAUGUUUCCUGGACGAAGUGCAUGCCGGUGGGCGUCAAUAUCUCCGUUCCAUUUCUUCUGAAAAGCCCACGAAGAUGCCAGCAAACCUGGCAAUUGACUUUCCUCAAUUGAAGGAUGACUUCCGUCUUCCAGCUGAAUUAUCCUUUGUGACGGAGAACAUGCACAGUUCUCCGUUGAGAAUAUCUGGACCGGUCACGAUGUGGCUCCACUACGAUGUAAUGGCCAAUGUCUACUGCCAAGUUCGCGGGCGGAAGCGAAUGGUGCUGUAUCCUCCUUCGGAAGUCCAAUACCUCCAGCUCCCCCCUGGGGCUUCUAGCUCCACCAUCGACAUCUUCCAGAAUGGCCCUGACGGACCGAUUGUGUCUAUCCCGUACACGUCGCCGCAUGAAGUACUCCUGCAGCCCGGCGACAUCCUCUUCAUCCCACCGCUAUGGUUACACACGGCCGCUCCCAUGGGUGAAGUGAGCAUCGCCGUGAAUGUCUUCUUCCGGAAUCUCACCCAAGGCUAUGCCCCGGGGCGAGAUGUUUACGGGAACCGCGAUCUCCAGGCGUAUGAGAAAGGACGAAAUGAUGUGAUCAAGAUUGCUCGCGCUUUCGAUGGACUGCCUCCGGAUAUGGCCCAGUUCUAUCUUCUCAGGCUUGCCGACGAGCUUCGAGAGAAGGCAGAGCGCGAUUGAAGAACAAAAUCCAGGGAUUAGCCGUCCCCUCAAGGAUCAGUUGAGUAUCCCAGCCAGGCUCAUCUCUUUAGGGAGAUUCGAUUGCUUGUCUCCCGAAUGCCCAGGAGCCUGCCAUUGGUGGACCACAGCGGCGCACCCGAUCGGGCAAUUGGCCUGAGCGUGCGAUAGCAAGAAGACCCACUUUCCUGUAUAUCUUCUCUUAUGAGUAUGAUUAUUAUUAUCUGGCAGGAAAUAAUA